CCUACAAAUCUCUAAAAAAAAAAAGAACACACCAAAGGAAGACAUGGUGGUAGCAUCAUGAUUUGGUGUUUCUAGAAAUUAAACUGUUUUUGUCAAACUGAAUAAGCUUAUGAAUAGUUCUAAAUUACAGUCAUCUUUUUGCCCAAAACCUUCAGAUGUCUUCUUCAAUGGCGAAGAAGACAUCUUCACCUUUGAUGCUGAUUUAAUUUUUCAGCAUCACAGUGAGUGGAAGAAUAUGUUAAAAUCAAACUUUUGUUCAAAGCCAUAUCUGGAAACAAAUCUGUGAGGUCACCUCAAGAGGACUGUGAACAUCAGAUGUCCUCACUUCCGACACAUAGUUAAUACCUAAAGAAUAUUGAGUAAUGUUUUUGAAUCAAAAGGGAAUUUAGGGCAUGGUAUUAGUCCGAAAGUGUGCAGAGUUAUACAACCAGGCUAUUGCUGAUUCUUUUUUUCUCUUAUUAAAUAGAUAUGCAUUAUUGUGUAUUUGUGAAUGUUUUCUUCUUAGUCUUUUAUGUUCGAAACACCAAUCAUUUCAAGCUAUACAGUAUACAUUUAACUGUUUCUAAAGUGGGUGAACUGAAUAAUCUCCUGAAACUAAAUACUCUGACUAGUGGAUUUGUCAUAACUUUUUACAUAAUCCUAAAACUUUUAAACCCAAGUGUGAGAACAACUAAGCUCUAAGUUUUGUGUUCUAAACUAAAAAAUACUGUUCUGAUACUUUGGUGUACAUGCAAAAAAAAAUCAUUGGGGCUUAGUUUUCCUGCCCUGUUCCCCUCACAUUUUUCCUUAGAACAAUUGCAAUAGUUACGGAUUGAGGAUUACUAAUAGUGAGCAUGUCUUAACGGAUAAGCCUCAAGGAUAAAGCUUCUCUUUGACUAGCCCCUCCGAGCUGAAUCAGAAGAACAUACAGAAAGGGAAAGGGGCUGACUGUGGAGAUCCAUCAUUGACCAAUAAGAUAAUAAGAAUGUUUUUUGAGCAGUUUCGAGGCCAAAAACAAAAUCCUGAAGGCAACAUGAACACACAGUAUAUAUACGAACUUUUAGGAGAAAAUGCUUCGUACUACAUUGCAGCUUCCUUUGCUUUGUUGUGGAUUCUGGUGUGGCUGUACAGAGACAGCCUGGAGAUAGAGAACCUUUCUGACAAGUAUGUCUUCGUGACUGGCUGUGACACGGGGUUUGGCAACCUUCUGUGCAAGAAGCUCGACCGUAGAGGUUUUCGAGUUCUGGCUGGCUGUCUCACAGAGAAGGGAGCUGAUGAUCUGAAAAGAGUGACAGGGCCUCACCUUAAGACGGUCCUGCUGGAUGUGACCAGUCAGAGCAGCAUCCAGGCAGCUAUGGAGUGGACCAAGAAGGAGGUUGGAAAUAGAGGACUUUGGGGCAUUGUGAACAAUGCUGGACGUUCCUUACCCAUGGGUCCUUCAGAGUGGAUGCGAGUGGAGGAUUUCCAAAGCACACUGAAAGUGAACAUUAAUGGCGUCAUUGCCAUGACUAUGACCUUCCUGCCCCUCAUUAAAAAGGCCCAUGGACGUAUUGUAAAUGUGGCAUCUGUCCUCGGCAGGGUGGCUGCAAAUGGUGGCGGAUACUGCAUCUCCAAGUUUGCAGUGGAGAGUUUUUCUGACUGCCUGAGGAGAGAUAUAAGUUACUUUGGAAUCAAAGUGUGCAUCAUUGAGCCAGGGUUUUUCAAGACAGAAGUUACCAACCUUGAUCCCAUUGAGAGGGAGCUGCACCGUCUCUGGAAUCAGCUCAGCCCCGAAGUAAAAGCAAGCUAUGGAGAGAAGUACCUGGAUAACUACAUCAAGAUCCAGCGUUUGAUCAUGAAUGCUGUAUGUGACUCAGACCUCACCAAGGUGACUAGCUGCAUGGAGCACGCUCUGACUGCGGCUCACCCACGCACUCGGUACAGCGCCGGCUGGGAUGCUAAGCUUCUCUGGAUCCCUCUCUCUUACAUGCCUUCCUUUGUGGUUGAUAUUGGACUAAAGCUGGUGCUACCUCGUCCUGCCAAGAGUGUGUAACUCAUCAAUACUUGAAGAAUGCCUUCAGAAUUUUUAGCUUUGUUAUGUCAUUGUGUCUGAUGCAGAAGAGCCUGCUGUCCAUAAUGAACACUGUCCAUUUAAUAAUCAGAUUGUGCUUGUAUGCAUUUUGUACUGUACAGUAUAUCCAUACAAGUUUGUAUAUUUGUGGAAUUCAUCAAUUAAGACUGGUCUAACCCUAAUGCUUUAAAGAGAAAAUGGUACUUAUUGCUUUUUUUGUCUAGGGUUAUUUCUGUUAAAUUUGUUAUUUUGCAGGUAUGAGUACCGGUACUUUCAGCAAUCACAGCUAAUAAAGUUAUAUUAACUCCA